CUUGAGCUAGUCGCUUGCCCAGCGGGGGUUGAUCCUGCGGUUUCUUCCCGUUCCAACACAGCCCAGCUCAAGGUCACGAGUACUCAACUGCCGCUGGAACUGGGUCUCGAAACUUCAAGGCGUGAUUUACGACAACCUUCGUUGCGAGGGGGAGGAACGGAGAGGUUCGAAGCGAGCGCCCCGCCUCCUCCGCAGAGAUCCGGGCGCCAGAGGGUCGGACACACCGCCCGAGUUCCAAGCCGAAAUGCACUACGGUGUCCGAGAAGUGUCGAUUCGUUCCUCGCGAAGACUUCCCCUUCCGCCAAUCACUGCCUGAGGCCCGCCCUUCCCGGCGCCGGAAGGAGCCGUUGCCGCGAGCAACAGCAACGUCCCGUUUUCGGAGUUUGGCGGCGGGAAAGGCCAUGAGCAAAGGCCGGGCAGAAGCUGCGGCGGGAGCCCCCGGCAUUCUCCUGAGGUACCUGCAGGAGCAGAACCGGCCCUACAGCGCCCAGGACGUGUUCGGGAACCUGCAGCGGGAACACGGACUGGGCAAGGCGGCGGUGGUGAAGGCGCUGGAGCAGCUGGCCCAGCAGGGCAAGAUCAAAGAGAAGAUGUACGGCAAGCAGAAGAUCUAUUUUGCGGACCAGGACCAGUUUGACAUGGUGAGUGAUGCAGACCUCCAAGCCCUGGAUGCCAAAAUCGUGGCCCUCACUGCUAAGGUGCAGAGCUUGCAGCAGAGUUGCCGCCACAUGGAGGCUGAGCUGAAGGAGUUAACUAGUGCCAUGACCACACCGGAGAUGCAGAAAGAGAUCCAGGAGUUAAAGAAGGAAUGUGCUGGCUACAUAGAGAGACUGAAGAACAUCAAAGCAGCCACUAACCAUGUGACUCCAGAAGAGAAAGAGCAGGUGUACAGAGAGAGGCAGAAGUACUGCAAGGAGUGGAGGAAGCGGAAGAGGAUGGCAACAGAGCUGUCUGAUGCAAUCCUCGAAGGAUACCCCAAGAGCAAGAAGCAGUUCUUUGUAAGUCAUUCUCUCUCUCGCCCUUGCUCCCCUGGGGUCUUCGUCCAGGCACUUGUUCACUUGUCUCCUUGCCCCACAGGAGGAAGUUGGGAUAGAGACAGAUGAAGAUUACAACGUCAAGCUCCCAGACCC